CAAAAACAACAAGCGAUUGUAAAGCUUCUCAGUCGGCGAGUUCGCUUUUGAUAAAGAAACAUCAUGGGUCGUUACGUUAGUGGUUUAUCUGCUGUUUUAGUAUUUUUCAUUAGUUUGUCCACAGGACAAAGAAUCACAACCAUACAAUUAGAUGGGGUACAGUACUUCGUCAGCAGAAUGAACCCCUAUUCGCCCGAACUGAACUACUACUUGGCCUAUCAGUACUGCCGAUCCUUGGGGCUCCAACUUGCCUCUUUCGAAACUAAGGAAAAGGCCGACUCGAUUACACAAUAUCUAAGAAAUGCCGGGUACGACAAAUUCGACUUCUGGACUUCGGGCAACCGUCUAGGAACCGACAUGUUCUUAUGGAUGAGCACCGGACUACCAUUCAAUGCCACCUUCAACUACAUGAGAAAAGCGGACACUGACGAUGACAACGGUGCCACCAUUUCCGACAUCGUAAGCGGCAGUACCAGCCCACAAAGAACUGCAAGGGAAAGUAGCGACAGCGGCUCGGCCACCGGUUGUGUGGUACUCCGGGCUCCGAAUUUCGAAUGGGACACUGACGAUUGCGUUUCGAUUAAAGACUUCAUUUGUGAGCAAACUCGCUGCUAUUAUUACAAUUACGGAUCUAUUCCUGUGUCCACUGCGCAGGGGAAACCAAAACCAGCAGUUACUACAACGCAACCCACUACAACUACCGAAAAUUUUAAAAAUAAUUUCGUACAUAUUGCUAAACUCAUGAAUAAGCUUCGUGUCAAGGAUGCUAAAUUGGAUGAUUCUGCAGUUUUAUCUGAUAAGGAGAACCUGGAACAGUCGACCAAUGGGCCUUACGACAACUUCAACGUAAACGCCGAAUUGCAGGAUGAUCCAUCAGCCAUCGCUGAACAGGCUCAAGAAGGCUAUGUCUCUACCAUUGUGCCUGAAAAACUUACCACUUUGAUUGACUCUUCCAAUCCGUCCAAUUAGUAUUUAUUAAACAAUGUGAUGACAUGUAUUACAUUUUUUCCGUAUUUUUAUAAACAGUACGAUGUAGCUUUAAAAUUAAUUAAAUAAACAUAGUUCUUUUGUA